AUGCUGGGUGAGUACCCAGAGCUCUUUCGAGAGGAGAUCGGGGAACUGAAAUGCAUUACUGGGAAACUCAACGUACGCGACAAAGCACAACCGGCAUUUUUGAAAGCCAGGCAAGUUCCGUACGCUCUACGACCCAGAGUGGAAGCAGAACUGACAAAGCUCGAACGUCAGGGCAUCAUUUCCCCAGUAGAAUCCAGUGAUUGGGCAACACCCAUUGUCCCCGUGCCAAAACCAAACGGGGGCGUACGCAUUUGUGGAGAUUUUAAGGUGACUGUCAACCCCAACCUUAACAUCGAGUGUUAUCCGCUACCGAGAGUGGAGGAUGUCCACGCUAAUCUCUCCGCCGGCCAAAGAUACAGCAAGCUUGAUUUGUGUCAGGCAUACUUGCACAUGGUUAUUGAUGCUGAGUCCAGGGAGUUGCUGACUAUAAACACGCAUAAGGGUCUGUUCGUCUACAGCAGACUACCUUUUGGCAUCGCGUCCGUACCAGCUGAGGUAGAGAUGCAUGGAACAGGUACUCCACGGCAUACCUGGAGUCCAGUGCAUCUUGGAUGA